GACAAGGGUGGACAAAAUAAUGAGCAAUAGCUAGCUCAAUGCAACUGCGUGUUCUAUUGUUUCAUUUGGAAAUUUGAAGAAAUUCAACUUGUUAGUCUGAAAAAGCAGAUUCAAAAUUAAAAAGAGUUAAAAUUUCCGCUUUUCGCUGUUUCUAAAAUAUGACCGCUAGUAUAGUAUAAAGAAGCUGAAAAUCGCGGAAAAAAAAUCUGAUUUCGCAACACUGGUUUCCCCUCUACAUCGAAAUAAAACUGCAGUCGCUAAAACUAAACAAAAAGAUUAUUCGUUAUUAUAAAAAACAAAUCAUUAGCCGAGUCGCGAUAUUGUUUUUUAUUGUGGUCCAAAGAGCCCAACGGGUGUUUUGGAGUUGCCCGAAAUAAUAACAAAAUAACAAUGGCCAGCGGGCCCAGGACGACGAUAUUGCCGCAGUCGAAGGAGGCGCUUUUGAAAUCAUACAAUGCACGCUUAAAGGAUGAUGUUCGCAGCAUGUUGGAGAAUUUCGAGGAAAUCCUCAAGCUGGCGCGCCGUGAGAGUCACAGUCAGAUUUCAAAGACCACUCAAUGCGAACAGGAUGCUCUGGAAAUGCAAGUCCGCUCGGCGAAUAUGGUUCGCGCCGGGGAGUCGCUUAUGAAGCUAGUGGCUGACCUGAAGCAGUACCUAAUCCUCAACGAUUUCCACUCCGUGAACGAGGCCAUCACAAACAAUUCGCAAUUGUUUAGAAAUACGCAAAGCGAGUGUGACAAAAAGCUAAUGAAACUGCGUGACGAAAUGGCCAUGGAUUUGUACGAUCUGGAGGAGGAGUACUACACCAGCAUAUUUAAAUAGGCCUAAGAAAGGGUUUACCCCAAAUGCUUGUAGUGAUUGUCGCCAAACAAUACAAUUUUAUUUUUAAUCACUA